UUACAAAUUCAUGUUAAAAGAACGAUUUGAUAUUAUGGUAAAAGGAAAAUCAACUUAAGAUCAAAUAGCUAGUUAUUUAGUUUAAGUUGUAUUAGGUCUUAGAGAUAAAGAAAACACAUAAUAAUCUAUUAGACUAUUAGGGUGUGGUUAAGCCAUUCAUCAUACAAUUUUAGUAGCUGAAAUAAUUAGAUCUAGAAUUUAAGGACUUUAUUCUAUAUCAGAAAUAGAGAGUAAAUAAUCACAAAUUAAUAAUAAUAAUGAUCAACAGUAAUAAGAUCAAUUUUUCAAUCCAGCUAUUAGAAUUACAUUGACGUAUAUACUCAAAUAAUUUAAUAUAGAAUGAAUCCAACUGAAGAUGAAAAAUUAAUGCCUGGAUUUUAAGAACCAAAUGAAGUUAAAGAUGAUAAAAAUAUAGAACUUUUUGAUUAUGUAAUGAUGUACAUUAGAAAUCUUUAUCAUUGGAGAAGAGGUGUUUAAGUUGAUAAUAGAGAUAAUAGAUAUAAUAGAUAUAAUAGAGAUAAUAGAGAUAAUAGAGAUAGUAGAAAUAAUAGAGAUAAUAGAGAUAAUAGAGAUAAUAAAAAUCAAAGAUUUAAUAAUAGAGAUAUCAAAUCUAGUGGAGAUUAUAAUAAAGAAAAAAUAUAAACAUUUAAUAAUAAUCAAGAAUCACAUGAUAAUAUUGAUAAAUCAGAUAAUUGGAAUAAAAAUAGAGAGCAAUUCUAACAAACCUAAAGUUAAGGUGUUUUAAAAGUUAGAGGAAGAAUGAGAGAUAAUAAUAGAAAUGAUAGAAAUUAUAUUCCUUAAAGAAGAAAUUAUGAAUAGGUAACUAUUUUAUAUUGAUAAUUUUAAGAAAAAUCAAGAUUAAGAGUUUUAAAAAAGAGAUGAAAAUCAAAUUAAACGAGGAUAAAUUCGAACUAGAGGAGGUAUUUAGAAAUCAUAAAACUGA